AUGACGGUGAUACCCACGUUCGUUAUCGAUAAGAUAUUUUCAAAGAUAUUCAGAAGACAGUCGAAGAAUUAUACCGUAGAACGUAAUGUCGGAGUUUUCAAAGAUGACAAACGAACGGAAAAGACACAUGAAGAUCCAGUUUCUAUGGCCAUUGGCGAAUUCGGCCGAUGGCAAGCUAUGCUUACUUUAAUUUUGUCCUUGUUAAAUUUGCCUUGUACAUGGCACAUAUUCGUACUAACGUUCCAGGGGGCAGAUACGGACUUCUGGUGUACACCGCCGCCGGGUGUACUGAACCGGAUAUCCGUGGACGAAUGGAAAAAUUUAAGUGGUGUAAUCUCCGAAUCACCAACAAGCAAUGUUUCAGUAUACGAUCCUUGUCAUUAUCGUGACUUGGACUACGAAAGUUUACUCGGUAAAUUUAGUUACAGAGAAUUAAUUAAAAAUAAAACAGAUCAAUAUGAGCUUAAAACGUGUACUUCGUGGCAGUUCAAUACUACUGAAUUCGGUGAUACAAUCACUUCCGAAUGGAACCUAGUUUGUGACAGAAAAGAAUUAAAAAACUUUGCUGAGAUGAUGUUCUUGAUGGGUGUUGCUUUUGGAGGUUUCUUCUCAGGACUCGUGUCAGACAGAUUUGGUAGAAAGAAGACGUUGAUGGCUUCCUUAAUCAUGCAGUUGGCUCUUGGCAUUUUAGUCGCUAUUUGUCCUUGGUUUGAAUUCUAUCUGGUAUUGAGAUUUAUUUUGGGAUUUGUUUGUGUGAGCAUCGUCUUUAGUGGUUUUGUGUUGUGCAUGGAACUGGUCGGUGGUAAGUGGUUGACAAUCGCUGGAGUUCUUUACUUGCUCCCGGUUCCUAUGAGCUACAUUAUUAUAUCCGGAAUCGCAUACAUAUGCAGAGGAUGGAGGUUACUGCAGUGGUGUGUCACUUUACCCGCCGUAUUUUUCUUGGUUUUGCAUUGGUUUGUUCCCGAAUCUCCGAGAUGGUUAUUGGCCAUGGGCAGAGUGGAUGAGACUAUGGAAGUUUUGGAAAAGGCCUCUAAAAUCAAUAAGCACCCCUUGCCAGUGAAUAUGGACAAAAUUCUUAAACAAAGUAUAAACAAAUUCGAAAUUAAUGGCAAACCUAAAGUACGAGUUUCAGAUUUAUUUCGUACCAAAAACAUUAGAAAGAUUUCCCUUGUUUUAUACAUACUUUGGUUCAGUCUAUACUUAGUAUACUAUGGGCUUGUACUUAAUCUGUCUAACAUCGGUGGAAAUAUAUACAUAAACACUAUAAUAUCAGGUUUGGUCGAAAUUCCAGCAAUAUUGAUUAGUGUGGUAAUAUUGCUCAAAAUGGGUCGAAGAAUUCCAUUGUGCCUUACCAUGGUAGCCGGAGGAAUUGCGUGUUUGCUAACUACUAUUCUACCAGCAGAUACGGAUGAGUGGAUAUCGCUAUCGUUGGUGAUGGCUGGCAAAUUUUCCGUGUCGUCGUCAAACGUUAUUAUGCCUCUCUACACAGCCGAAUUGUUUCCAACUGUUAUAAGGAAUUUAGGCGUGGGAACUUCAAAUAUACCAGCAGGAAUUGCACUUAUUAUGGUGCCAUACCUUUGGAACUUAUCUCCGUUGAGCAAAGUCUUACCGUUAUUGGUACUGGGAACAGUCAGCGUCAUUGGUGGCUUGUCUGUACUUAUGUUACCAGAAACAGGCAGUUAUCUUUCUGAUACAUUAGAAGAAGUAGAAGAUUGUAUUAGCACAUCAAAUAGUACACAGAAAAAAUAUAUCGAUACAAUAAGUAGUAACGUACAAAGUUCACCAUCCGAGAAAGAAUAA